AGGAGGUGGCUAAUGGAGCACACGAGAAAGGGGGGGGGAAACUAAAUUCGCGCCUAUCCACCUCCCGAGCGCAUCUUUCAGGCUGUGGUGUUCUGCGUAAGGCACUCGUCGGGGCUUCCGCGGGGCCAGUGAAUCAGCAGACGGCGCCUGCUCCCGCCAGCGUCGCCGGCGAGGAAGAGCGCACGGCCGGAGCGCUGUCAUUUCGGCGCUGGAAGUGAACCGUUUGUUGUUCCCUCUCCAAGACGGAGCCGAGCCCCCCCCCCCCGACGCCUUCGAGCAACACGGUGCCGCAAGCCGGGCGGCGCAGACGUGGGGAGAAGUCUGCUGCAACCCGGCGCUCGCCUUCGCCUCGCAUAGUUUUUACUGAAUGGGAUCCGGAGAAGGAGAGGGGUGUUUAUUGGCGUUUUCAAAGAUCUGCCGUGUGUGUGUGUCGGGCACAGAUGAAAGAAACUUCUCUGCAUAACGGCGAAGACUCCGGCAUCCUCUCCGAAAACUGUAAUGGAUCGGGAAAUGGGGUGAUGUUCUCACAGGCGGACGGGAUGUACCUGCGUGGGAACGGAGAGUAUUUCCCUAUGGUCGUGCCCCUCGAUGGUUAUACCCUGGCGCUGGGAGAGGCUCGGAUCCUGCAGAUUCUUCCUCGCCUUCCCGGGCUCUCUGUACUCUUAGGAUGUUGCGGCAGGUUUUGCACGAAGGACUGAGGACGUCUUUCUCCAAGCUCGGCCACUUCGUCGCCAACCACCCGGUGUUCUUCGCCUCCGCUCCCGUCCUCAUCUCCAUCCUGCUGGGGUCUAGUUUCAGCCAUUAUCGGGUCGAGGAGAACGUGGAGUACCUGUUGGCUCCCAAGCACAGCUUGGCUAAAAUCGAGGGCAACUUAGUGGAUAGCUUAUUCCCCGUCAACAGAUCGAAACACACGCUGUAUUCGGACUUGCAGACCCCCGGCAGGUACGGCAGGGUCAUCGUCACCUCCUCCGCCAGAGGAAGCAUCUUGGAUCAGCACCACGUUGACCUCAUUUUAAAGCUGCACGGCCUGGUGACCAAGAUCCAGGUUCACAUGAACGGCUUCAACUACACUUUCGCCCACAUGUGCAUCCUGGACGACAACAAGAGCUGCAUCGUGGACGACAUCCUGCGCGUGCUGGAGGAGCUGCGGGCCGCGCGCUUCGCCAACCGCACCGGGGGCGCCGUCCGCUACCCCAUCACCUACCUGAGGGACGGCCGCGAGGUCUACAUCGGCCACCAGCUCGGCGGGGUCCAGUCGCCUGGCAAAGUUCAGGUGAAGCACGCCGAGGCCGUGCAGCUCACCUACUACCUGCAGGCCGUCAACUCCCUGAACGACGUGGUGGCGGCCAAGUGGGAGACGAAGUUCUGCGAGACGGUGGAGAGGUUCCAGCAAGCCAACGGCGAGCUGAAGAUGUACCCCUUCACCUCCUCGUCGCUCCAGGGGGACUUCCAAAAGACCAGCAAGGUUUCGGAGCGCCCCCUCAUCACCAGCCUGGCGCUGUGCGUGGCGCUGGCUGUGCUCUUCUGCUCCAUGCGGGACUGCGUGCGCACCAAGCCCUGGCUGGGCCUCCUGGCUGUGGUCACCAUGAGCCUGGCCAUGCUGACCUCAGCGGGCAUCAUCAACCUGACCGGGGGCAAGUACAACUCCACCUUCCUGGGGAUCCCUUUCAUCGUACUGGGUCACGGCCUGUGCGGGACCUUCGAGAUGCUGUCGUCGUGGCGGCGGACGCGGGAGGACCAGCACGUGAAGGAGCGGGCGGCCGCGGUGUUCGCCGACUGCAUGCUGCCCUUCACCGCCAGCACGGCGAUGUACAUGGUGACCUUCGGCAUCGGCGCCAGCCCCUUCACCAACAUCGAGGCCGUGCGGGUCUUCUGCCGCAACACCUGCAUCUCCGUCUUCUUCAACUACCUCUAUAUACUCACCUUCUACGGCUCCAACCUGGUGUUUACUGGCUACCUGGAGAACAACUACCAGCACAACAUUUUUUGCAAAAAGGUGCCAAAGCCAGAGCUGCUGCAGCAGAAGCCAGCCUGGUACAGAUUCCUCAUGUACACCCAGUAUAACGAGGAGGGGGCCGAGUCUGCGGACAUGAACGCCUACGAGGGCCACCUGCUGGUCUCCUUCAUGAAGCGCUACUACUGCGACUGGAUCACCAACACCUACGUCAAGCCCUUCGUGGUCCUCUUUUACCUGGUGUAUAUCUCGUUUGCCUUAAUGGGCUACCUGCAGGUCAGCGAGGGUUCCGACCUCAGCAACGUGGUCGCCACGGAGACGAGCACCAUCGCCUACACCACGGCGCAACAGAAGUACUUCAGCAACUACAGCCCCGUCAUCGGCUUCUACAUAUACGAGUCCAUUGAGUACUGGAACGCCAGCGUGCAGGAGGACGUCUUGGAGUACACCAAGGGCUUCGUGAGGAUCUCCUGGUUCGAGAGCUACCUGAACUACCUGCGCAAGCUCAACAUGACCACAGGCCUGCCCAAGAGGAACUUCACGGAGCUGCUCCGGAACGCCUUCCUCAAGCUGCCGCAGUUCUGCCACUUCUCCGACGACAUCAUCUUCGCCAGGCGGGCGGGCGGGGAGGUGGACGUGGUGGCCUCGCGCAUGUUCCUGGUGGCCAAGACCACGGAGAACAAGCGGGAGGAGAUGUACAUCCUCCUGGACACGCUGCGCAAGCUCUCGCUCACCUCCAAGGUCAAGUUCAUCAUCUUCAACCCGUCCUUCGUCUACAUGGACCGCUACGCCUCCUCUCUGGGGGCCCCGCUGAAGAACUCCUGCAUCAGCGCCCUCUUCCUCCUCUUCUUCUCCGCCUUCCUGGUGGCUGAUUCCCUCAUCAACAUCUGGGUCACCCUCGUGGUGGUGUCCGUAGAGUUUGGGGUCAUCGGGUUCAUAACCCUGUGGAAGGUGGAGCUGGACUGCAUCUCAAUGCUCUGCCUGAUAUACGGACUGAACUACACCAUAGACAGCUGUGCCCCGCUCAUCUCCACCUUUGUGCUGGGUAGGGACUUCACCAGGACUAAGUGGGUGAAGAUCACCCUGGAGCGCCAUGGGGUCUCCAUGCUGCAGAGCUACCUGUGCUACACUGCCAGCCUCCUUCCCCUGGCAGCAGUGCCUUCCAACCUGACCCGCACACUGUUCAGGUGCCUGUUUCUCACUGCCUUCAUCUCUUUCUUUCACUGCCUGGCCAUCCUGCCCAUCAUGCUCACCUUCCUGCCUCCCUCCAAGAAGAAGAGGAAAGAGAAGAAGCCGGCCGAGAACCGGGAGGAGAUCGAGUGCGUUGAAAUAGUGGACAGCACGCGGGUGGUGGACCAGAUCACCACGGUCUGAGGAUGCGGGGGCAGCAUGAGACAGAGAGACAGAGAGCGCAUGGAAGCUUUAAGGGUGAGCGGGAGCAGAAAUCAUCGGAUGUUCUGUGGUGUGGGCUCCCCAAGCAUGGAGUAGCAAGACCACUCUGUGGUGCAGCAGUAACAGUAAUUUAUUAUGUUGAAGUCAGCAGUCAUUGAGUAUCUGAUAGCCCACUGUUCUGGUUGAUAAAGUCACAGCAAAUGGCAGUGGAAAACCAGCACAGUUAUCAAUGCAGAUUGCCCUAAUUACUAGCCUGUCAAGGUUGAUUAAUAGGUCAACCGCCAUUGGCUACUUACUUGAGACUUUAUGAGCGGACUACAGUCAGGAUGAGGUGUUCUGACUAUUAUUUUGGAUGUUCUAGGGACGUUGGCGUGGUGGUUUCCCAAGGACUCAUGCAGAUUUGAAUUAAAACACCCCUCAACAUGAGCUAAAAUGUCUCAACCCUAAACAAGAUCCUACAGCAGCUGUAGUUAAUUACAAAGCAUGGGUGUCCGCAGGUCAUUUGAAAUGAGUGAGCAAGUGCUUCACUAGGCCAGGAGGGCAGUUUAUUCAAGUGCAAGCGCUUAUUAGGAUCAGAGAUGCUCCCAGCUGGUGGCCGAUAACAAGUGGUUUCACAUUGUAAUGAGAGCAGCGUCAGUGCAGUAGACUUCUAACUGACAUCUGCUGACAGCUCUGUGUGUUUCCUCAAAUACUAGUACUGUGUUUUUAAGAGCUGGCCUCACUCUUCAAUUUUAAGGACAUUCUUGGAAAGCAUAGUUUGUAUUUUUUUUGUCCUGUCAGUGUUUAUUUUAUAAAAUAAUUUCUUAUUAAAUACUUCACCAAUUUUCAGUUCUUAAAUGAAAGUUUUAACAUAGGUUAAAGAAUAUAAUGCUCAAAGUCUUUGCAGGUCUACAAUGUGAGUAACUAAAGAGUGAUAUGUGCUGUACAAUAUCACCAUUUUAAAAAUAUUUGAUUCCUGAUGUAGUCUAAUUUUCUUGUUGAACACAGUUGAAACACUAAUUGAUGUGCCAUAAAUUAAACAUUUAUUUAAUUAAUCUGAACUGAUAGGCCCCAGAAAAAAAAUGUAUAAUUAAAACUGUCGUUUGUUAUCUCUAAAAUCUUUAAAAUCUUUCUCCCACUUUCUACCAGAAGUGGAGGAUGAAAUGGACAGAUGUGCAGUUGAAUUAGAGCAUUCCAUAGUUUUCAUUUGUUUUUGCAAAACCCUAAUUUCAGUUAAAUUUCAGUUUGAUCAUUAUAUGGUUCUGGAAAUAAUGACAAAGUCCAGUAAUGUCAUUUGUGGAAAGAAUCACUAUAGACAUCUCGGUUUUUACUCCGAAAGACCCUCAUCCUGAGUUACAGCUGUGGGGUCACAUGGAUAAGGAAGCUGGACCCUUAAACCAGGGGUUUCUGCUUUGGUGAUAGAGCUGGGGGCUGUCAGAGGAGUGCUGGGAUAUAGUGGCCCAGAGAUUGAAUUGAUACUGCGGAGCUGGUGAUGAAUGGAAGUGGGGCUUGUCUUCCUGUCAUUAAGAAGUCAAAUGCAGUUUGGGAAUAUUUUUUUCACCAGAGGUACUGUGUGAGUUGGGUUAGGGUUAGUUGGAAUACAGAGAAUGAAGGCUGUGUUCUUUUUACUUUUCUUCUGUUGUUGCGAUUAACAUCUCUAGCGCUGUUGUUCUUUUGCCCAGCUGAGCUCUGAAAUAAACAAAUCUGAGAAUGCCAGUGCCAGGUAAUUAACUUGCCUUCAGUUAGAUUGCAUGAAAAAGGGAUUCAGGAAUGUUUUUUUUCCCGUUAAAAGAAUUAAAGUGCUUGCAAAUAAACCACCAGGGAUAGAAGCUUGUUAAUAUUCACGAGACAAACAAUUAUUGGUGAGAUGAAGUGUUCAGUGUUAGUCCAGCUAUUCAGUUGUGAAUCAUACUACUGAAGCGAAGACACAAUUUUAGGAGGUUUAGGAGGUUUUUAACCACUUUCACAUGGUCAUUUUCGGGGAAACGAAUGCAAACAACUCAUGCUUAAAACAACCUUAUGGACUGACCUCCCUGUAGCAAAGACAAGUUAGUUUUUAUUUAAUCAAUUUACUCUAUAGGGUUCUAUAGAUUGCAGGCGCUCUGAGUGCUGUGAAUUCAUGGAGCAAACAGAGAUAAAGCACCGGUAGACUGAAGCCUGUGGCCAAAUAGUGUGAGUCAAGACAGAGCUCUUUAACAUUUGGCAUUUUAAAAAGCGUAUUUUCACACCUAAGAUAUAAUGCACGGCUUAUAAAUAUUCCAUUUUCUCAAGGCUUUACUGGUGAGAAAAUAUGCACGACCAUGUGGAGGAUGCAUUAUCAAAAUACAAUGGAAAUUCAUGUCUUUUAAAUAAACUCACGAGGAAUAUUGAAAAAGGUUAAACCCCUAGGAUUAUAAAAGACUUUUUUUCUAUCCCAAUUUUUAUAGAUAUUCUGAAUGUGUGGCAGAAAUUAAUAUGAAUUAAUCAUUAAUAUGAAUGUUUUCUUUUAAUGUCCUCCAGGAGGGUCAGAUGCACGACAAAUGCCCUAAAUUCACAUAAUGGACGUCAAUGGCUUCGAAAUUAUAUUCUUAAUAUUUUAACCUCUAUGAACAGAGUCAUGCAAUUGAAAUUGCAGGAAGGGACUCUGCUGUGCAUCCUGAGGAUCAAUACCUAGUCGUGUCUAGGAGAGAGAUUUUCAAAUAGUCCUGCUAAAUAAGACAAUGGUUUUGGAAUCGGAGAUGAGACAGCAUUAGAAUGUUGAUUGAGGCGGAGAGAAAUGUAUAGCUCGGCUAAUUAUUCUCCUGGUGCAAAGUAGCCUCAACAUGCUGUAAUGCUGUAAACAAGCUGGAGCUUUGCUUUUUGAAGCUGGUGUCAGUGAAGAAAAUGGAGGGCAGGACAAGAGCUGGUUUACUCCAAGGGAACUACGAAGGGCUUAAUAUCACUUUCUAAACAGUCGGAGUUUUCUCCCCUAAUGUUUAAUCUUUAAAGGCAUUUACAAUUUGAUCCUCCGCCGAUAUGACAGAGGCGCAGGUUCCUCACAAAAGAUUGAGCAAUCACAGAGAUUUGAUUAGCUGACCGAAGACGUGGCUGAAACGCUGUUUUGGCUAUUUCAUUCCUGAUCAGGUCCCCUCUCUGGGUGUCUGCUGCUGAGCAGAAGAACUGAGAUGAUGAUAUUUUUCGUCAGGGGACUGUUAUCUGGCCAGAGCUCAAAGGAAAUGAAAUGUUUCUCCAUUUCCUUUACCUCCUUUGAAGCCAAGAGCUGGUUUAUAUUUUAGAUAUUUGUUUAAGUGCACAAUUGCAAGUCUUUGCAAGGUUAAAUAGCUGUGAAUAAUUCAGCAAUUAACUGGAAUGCUUUGCAAGGCUGAGCAGAUGAGAAUACUUCAGCAGUCAGACAAAUCUGGCCUAUCUGUGCUUUUGGUAACAAAAAAAGAAAAGGCAGAAAAUACUUCCAUAUAUUAGUAAUUGCAUUUGGGUGGGGUUAAGAUUCUCUUUCAUAGAGAAAUUCUGGUAGGCUAUAAUAAGCUGUUGAACACUCCAAACAUCCAUGAACUGUCUAGACACUACUACCAUUAGUAGUUAAUUGAAAAGGACCACCUCCUGCCAAGUAGAAUUACCUUUUUCAGAGAAACCAAAACAUGGAUUUCAGCAGACAGUAGAAUCUCUUCUGAUGGUCAGUAAAGAUGCACACUACGGUGCAAUUAAUGACAAUGACAGAGAUCUUUAGAUUCGGUCCUAAUUUGAGGUCAACACACAGAGCUGAAUUUUUAUAUAUUGAGUCAAGGGGAGUUUUCAGGGUAAUGAAAAAGUAAAAAAAAUAAAUGAUCCUGUGCUUUUUAUUUGUACUGGUUGUCACCAACCAUAGCAACAAACCUUCAUAAAUUUUACAAAGAAAGAGGAACUGUUGGAUCACUCUGCAUACUGCUCCUUUUAGAGAAAGGAAGUAAGGACUGGAAAUCGUGAUGAAGGGGCAUCAUUCUUGUGUCUGACAAGUAGGAGUGAGUGUAUUUGGAGGCGCUGUAAAUGUUGCAGUCAGACUAGGUUUGCAUAUGAUAAGAAAGUGUUUGGCUCAUGACCCUCGUUUAGUUACUGGUGGCUAAGUGAUGCAGCAAACAAUGUGUGGCUGUUUCUUGAAGGAAUUGUGUGAGUCAGAUCUUUCAGCAGUAUACAGUUAUGUUUCUAAUGGCAUGCAGGGGAAACAGGAUUCAAUUCAUUUAGCUUAGCAAAGUGGUACUCCUGGACCGCUAUAUCCUGCAGCCUUGAGAUCAACAUCUGUCAACAUCACACAACCAGGGAAGCUUGAACAGAGGGCAUAUCGCAUUAGAUUCCACGUGGUUACAUACAUAUGAGCAAAUUAAACAGAGACAGAAAGGUGUAUUUUGAAAAUGGGGUCCCUUUUGUGGGAUUCUCAUGCUUUUCUGGUGUUUCCCUCAGGGCUGCCAUAAGAACUGCUAGUGCUGGUCAACACUUUGAAAAGCUGCAUUCGGAUCAAAUCACUGCAGCCUCCGUGCAGCGGUGCUUUUGUACAAUCAGCACAGCGUGAGUGCAAAGCCCGUAUCCUACAUCUGUGCUCCCUGAUGGCAAACGCAUAUCACAGCGACAUCCAAGUUCAGCAGUUUCAUUCCAUGACGCCACGGCUUAAGUGUUUUUCCUUGUCCCCCCCGAAAAAACAUAAGACGCUUUUUGUUCGUAAAAGCAGGUCCUCGCUGUCGCUUCUUUCCUCUUUUUUUUUUUUUUUUAGAAGGAAAAGAGUCAAAAAUAACAGUUAAGAUCUCCGUGGCCAGCGUCUGCCUUCAAAGCAAAUGACGAGAGCAAUCUGGGUCGAUUAUCUGCUUGGAAGGAGGGCCGUUGCUCUGGGGAGCAGCUGGGGUUAUCUUCUCAAUGACUAUUGGGCAUCAUUGUCAAUGGCACUAUGUGCCUCAGGCUAACCACAGAGCAGAAGGAGCAUAGCGAGGCCUGUCUCAGCCUCUAGAAGGAUGCCUCACCUUUAGUGCUUGUUUCCAGGACCACUGGCACGGCUUCGUCAAGGACACCGUAUGUCCCCGAUAGCGGGCACCCCAGCAUUCAGAAUUCCUCCUUUUUAUACACCGCAUGUGCACAGAGCUCCCCUGGUUUCAAACAGGGCGAAGCGUUUCGAACAGGCCCUGUCGUAGUUCAAGCACAGCCCGGCCAGCAUCUGUCGGAGGGGAGCGAGGAGCGCUGCUGACGAAAAAGCAGUCAAAGAGAAAGAAAUAGAAAAGUAUGAGGUGACCUUGUCACGCAGGAGCUGGGAGCAUGAGGUGCCAGGUUGUGCUUGAAAGCUUUUACCCUCUUCCUGAAUAAUUUCAUUUUUAUAAAUGAGCAGGAAGGUUCCUGCUUAUUGUUCCCGGAUAGCAGGAAACCCACUGGCCGCCAUCUCAUUUACUGACCUCUGCACUCGCCCAUCCAAGCUUUGUAUGUAUUUCAUAUCUCGUCACGCAGCGUUAUAAGAACUCAGGGCUCCAAUUAGGCGGAAUGGAUAAGUGCAUCUGAACAAUCAUCUCGAGAACAGACUACGUUCCAAAUAAGGACAAGUGAAGAAGACACUAAAGUUGGGGAAAAAAAAAAAACACUAUAAGC